AUGGCGGCUCUGGACGCAGACAGCAUAAGCCUGCGGCCUCUGAGCCUGCGGCCCGGCGGGGCCAACCCGUUCGCCGGGUUCGCAAAGGGAGCGGGCGUGGGAUUGAAGAACAAGACUGUGUCCACCAACCCGCCGGAGGAGAGGAAGAAGAAGGCGCCUGGGGAGAUCAUCCGCUACUCUCGAGACUUCCUCAUGAAGUUUGUGCAGAAGUACAACCGGGUGCCUCAGGAGCUGCAGUACUCAAACAGCGACAUCUUGCUGGCGGCAGACGACCCGGGGCGCGAGCAGCAGCAGCAGCUGCUGCAGCGCGUGGCGGCGGACGAAGCCGACGAGCGCGACUGGCGGUCGAGGACUACGCUGCCGCCGGGGCCCGCCCCCGCGCCCGCCGCCGCCGGCGGCCAGCAACAGCAGCAGCAGCAGCAGCAGCCCGGCUGGCGCCCCGACCAGCAGCCCGGCAUGCCGCCGCCGUCGGGCGGGGCCGAGGCAGCCAAGAUCCAGAAGGCCACUGACAUUGGGCGCACGGCGUGGCACGCGGGCGUGGCGACCGAGGGCGUGGAGCAGACGCUGCGCAAGGUCAAGGGCAUCCUCAACAAGCUCACGCCCGAGAAGUUUGAGCGCCUGCUGUCCCAGCUCAUCCCCAUGGUCAGCGGCUACGAGGUGCUGCAGGGCACCAUCCGCCAGGUGUUUGAGAACGCGGUGCAGCAGCCCACCUUUGUGGCCAUGUAUGCCGACCUGUGCCGCGAGCUGGACGCCGCGCUGCCAGAGUUCCAUGCACCCGGUGAGGACAAGCCCACCGGGUUCAAGAAGAUGCUGGCCAACACGUGCCAGGAGGAGUACGAGGCGACAGAGGAGGCGCGCAAGGAGCUGAAGAGCCUGCCGGCGGAGGAGCGGCCCGACGCGGAGCGGCGCGCCAAGCAGCGCCUGCUGGGCAACAUCCGCCUCAUCGCGGAGCUGUUCAACAAGGCGCAGGUCAACGAUCGCAUCAUGCUGCUCAUCCUGGCCGACCUGCUGGGGGGCGCCGACAACGACCCGCCGGAGGACAGCGUGGAGGCUGUGUGCGAGCUGCUGUCCACGGCGGGCGCGGAGCUGCAGAAGAGCAGCAAGGGCAAGGCGCGGCUGGAUGCCGCCUUCCGCCAGCUGGAGCGCCUCAGCAACGCCUCCAAGGUCUACGCCUCCCGCAUCCGCUUUGUGAUGAAGGACCUGCUGGAGCUGAGGGCGCAGCACUGGGUGGCGCGCAGAGAGACGUUCACGGUGCGCGGCGGCGUGGUGUGGCUCUGGCCGCGUGGCGGCGUGGCGGCUGCCGCCAAGAAGCUGGACGACAUUCGCAGCGAGGCGCAGGCGGAGCUGGGCAUUGUGGAUGUGCCCAUCGCGGGGCUGGACACGCUGCCGGGCGCGCUGCCGCCGCUGGCGGCCAAGCGGCCCGAGGAGGUGGAGCUGUUCCCGGCCUUCAAGAGCAGCGACGCGGGGUGGGCUGUGGCGCGCGGGAACAAGGGCGAGGCGGCCGGCGGCGGCAAGUUCUCGGCCUUCCUGGGCGAGUACGUGGCGGUGGCCUCGCAGGCGGCAGAGGUGGCGGGGCCCAGCGGCAGGGCGCCACGCACCGACCUGUCUCCCGAGGAGCGUGAGAGCCUGGGCAAGAGCCUGUUCAGCGACUACCUGUGCAGCCCAGACCUGGAGGAGGCGGUGGGCACCGCGCAAGAGCUGGAGGCCCCCGGCUUCAUGCCCAAGCUGGUGCAGAUUGGGCUGGAGAAGGCAUUCGAUGCGAUGACGGAGCGGGAGCAGACCAGCCUGGUGGAUCUGCUGGCGACGCUGGCGGCGCGGGGCGUGCUUGGAGCGGACGACCUCAAGGAGGGCACCGCGGGGCUGAUGGAGGGGCUGGAGGACUUUGCGCUGGACAUCCCCGCCGCGCCGCGCCUGCUGGGCCGCCUGCUGGGCGCCGCCGCCGCGGGCGGCUUGCUAGGCCUGGACUGGGUGGCGGGCGCGGUGGCGCCGUGUGAGAGCGCAGAGCCGCGCCGCGCCUUCCUGGCGGCGGCGCUCAAGGCGGCGCAGGAGGCGGGCGGCGACGAGCGGGUGGCGGCGCUGUGCCAAGAGGGCAAGCUCGACCUGCAGCAGCUGCUGGCCUUUGACCCGGAGUUUGAUGGCGACAUGCCGCCCGCCGCCGACUUCCUGCAGCAGCAAGGCCUGGGCGCGCUGGCAUAG